UACUUAUCGGAUGUAUAAAACAAUUACUUUGAACGUACUAUCUGUCAUGUCAUCUGUCUUAAUUAUGAAACCGUUGGAGAUAAGUGAUUGGAGUUUUGAAAAUUAAUCUAAACAUAUUAUACAGAGUCGAAGCGCAAAAUAAUUAAUUUUUCAAGAAUUUAUUGUGUCGGAGUCAUUCCAUGAAUGUAACAAAACAAUUUACGAAUUGCAGCUUGUGUAGUGGAUGUAUUUUUGAUUGAAAAUAUAAAAUGAAUAAACAUAAUUCUCAGCAAUAUGAUGUGUCAGAAAGUGAAUCUGAUGACUCUGUAAAUGUUUUAGCAGCUGAGUUGAAAAAAUUGAUAGAAUGUGAUGUACGACAAAAUCAGAAAAAUCUACUUAAUGUGGAAAUCAAACCCCCAAAACUUCGACCUUCAGUAGUACAUAGAGCUUUUAAGAAAAAUGUCACUAGUACCCCAUUGGUUGCUAAAGGCUAUAAGCAUUUUUUUGCAUCAGAUUCUUCUCUUUCACCUAUCAGAAAUAAUGAAACUCGAGUGAGUAAUUUAAGGAAAAGUGGCAAUUCGUAUUCCAUAAAUAGUAUAAAUUCAAAGAAAGAUGAAUUUGACGCUGAUUUAAAUCAUAACAAUUCUAAAGAAAAUAGUAAGACCAUAAUAAGUAAUCACAAAAUUAAUAUUAAUUCAAGAAAUAAUGUGACGCCAGAAGUUUGUAGACAAGAUAACAAGAAGCCACUAGAAAGAUCAAGCAGUUUGAAAUUUUUAAAGAAAAGUGCUUUGAAAAACACUAACAACAAGUUUUCAAAUAAUGCUCUAGAUAAUGGUGAGAUAUCUGAGGUAAUAAACAAAAGCAAAACUAUAAGAUCAUUAAGAAGUACGAGUGAAAAUAAAGAAACAUAUACUACUCCAAAAACAGAUGAGGAACGCUCAUCUUCCAAACGCUCAACUGGCAGAAAAGAUUCACAUAAUGGCAUUAUCAACAAACAUAUAUCUCCUAAAAUAACAUCAAUCAAUACAAGUAAAAAAACUAACAGAAAUUCUGUAUCUGAUAAUAACAUGUGCCAUUCAGAUAGUUCUAGUUCAGAAAGAGAAGCUCUGAAAUCUCCAUCCCGAAAUCACUCAUCAAGAAAAAUAAGUUCAUCACAUGUUACUAUUUUCAAAAAACCAUCAAUUACAAUUCCUAAUUCACAAAAGAAUAUAGAGAAUUUUGAUACAUCAGUAAUGUCAAAGGAUAAAAACUCAUUAUUGGGUAUACACAAAAGCAGAUCUUCAUUGAGAAGGGUUUUGCUUAGGAAAAAGAACCUUAAUUCCGACAAAACUCCAGAUAAUGACAAAACAAAAACAACAAGAGAUUUGGUUAAGAAUGUAUUUGGAAAAGGCACAGGUAAGAGCCUCUUGCCAGUGCCUAUCUCUAGGUAUAUGGAAAGUACCAGUAGUGAUAGAAAGAUCACAAGACAACGUUUACAAUCACAAAUAAUUUUACAAGAAAAUAAAGAAUAUGUGGAGAGAAACAACAAGAUGCGGUCAAAGAGUGUAGAUUUCAUCCAUACAAAAAAUUUGGAACCAAAAAUAAAACAAUUAUCAAAAACUGCAAUAGAGGAUAGAACUUCAGACAACAUUGAGGCACAUACAAAUGGAGAAGCAUCUGGUAAUCAAAUGGAAACUAUGAAUAAGAUUAAACCCCCUGUUCCAAAACCAAGAAACAAAAAAACUACAAUUGACAAACAUGUUUCUAAACCUGGUCAAGUGAAUACUGUGAAUAAACCAGAGAGACUUUCAAAAUUCAUAGACAAACUUAUCAGAAGACGUAUGACAGAAUCUUCUUCAAGCAAUCCGAAACCAGUUUUGAGCAGGAGUGUACAAACUUCCUACAGAAGGUCUUCAGUGAAUAAAUGUUUGAAUCCUUUACAAGAGCAACCAAACCAUCAAGAAAUACAGACACAAACAAGCUACAAGUAUGCCCCUAUUGAGAAUGAUAGCAGUGACAGCUCAAUAUCUAAUUAUACUCGUUUGAUAGAAGAAUGUGCUCAGGGAGUAAAUUUGUUUGAUAGUUUGAAACCAGAAGGCAGAUUUUCUUCCAGUAUCGAUGAUUAUGCCUUCUUAGAUAAUAGUAAAAAACCCUGGAGGCUGGACGAAACCCUCAAUUUACCAACUAGGUCUAGCAUUCACCUCAGUUUUAUAAAAAAUUCAAAAUAUAUUAAAGCAGACAAAGAAACCAAAAAACAAUUAAGACAAUAUUCUGCAUUGCCUAAUGUGACGCAACAUUCAAUUCCAAAGCAAAUAGAUAGCGAUGAGUCUGAGUCCUGCGUAUCAAACUGUAGUGAUCAAGGAGUUGAUAAAACUGUGGUGAAUGCUGUAGAAACAGCUGAGAACAUAGAAGAUGAUAAUGAGUCAUUGAAUUCUUGUUUUCUUCCUCGUGGUAUAACCACUUCAUUAAAUAAAAUAGUGAAACCAACUCCUGUAGUAGAAGAUGUGCCAAUAGAAGAUGUACCAAUAGAAAAUGUGCCAAACGAUCAAGGAAUUACAACUGCAAUUAGUCAUACAUCUAUCGCCGAGAAACAUUUGUCUAACGAUCCAGUUAGAGAAUGGGUUGCCAAUGUUAAUAACCAAUACAGGAAUAGUGAUGAUGAGUCAGAGUGCUGUUUUUAUGAGAAUGGACCAACUCCUAUACAUUCUACUCAAAAGACUCAACUCCCUAAGAAAAAUACUAUUUCUAAAGUUGCUAAAGCUUUGUUUCAGACUGAAACUGAAAAUUUUGAGAAAGACAAAUAUUUACAUGUAAUUUUGAAUAGGAUAGAUGCUUCCACAUACAAUAAAGAAAAUGAUAGAACUGGUAAUAUCCCUAAUCAAUUUACGGAAUUGGGCACUAGAUUAAAUUCUAUAGUAGAAGGCGAUAAUAUUGAGAAAAUUGGGGAUGAUAAUGUGUUCAAAGUUCCUUUGAUGGAAAGAGUUCCACAAUCCAAAAAGAAGAAAAAUAAUAAAAAAUCUACCCCAGCAUUUCAAGAAGCAUCUAUCGAAUCAAAUGGAGGAGAUACUACAGGUUUAAGAAGAUCUACUAGAACACGACGUCAACCUUCGAGAAAAUUUGUUCCUCUUAUCGUUAUUAACAAUCUAUCACAAAAAGAUAAGAAAUUUUUGUCUGGAUUGGUUUGUGACUCGAGCAUUUCGACUUUAACGACCUCUUCAAUCUUGCAGUCAAAUCAUAAGGGAGAACAUAGUCGACAAACCAAAGUUGAUAGAAGAGCCAGUUCAAAAGAAAAAAUGAGUACAAGAUCUUGCAAUCCAAUUUCUUCGACACCUGAGACAGACAUUAAUCACUCCAACAAACAUAAUCGCAAAAAUAAAAAGAGUUCUGCUAAAGGAAGUCUUGAUACAAAAGUAAAAAAAAAGAAACAAGAUGAUUAUCCAGGUGGUACCGAACCUGAAGUAAAUCAAACACAACCUACACCUGUUCAUAAUACUAUGGUGAACAAUACAGAACCUACCGAAAACAACACUGGAAAGACACAAAACGGCAUUAAUAAAUCUCUAGCAAAUGAUUUAGUUGAAACAAAUCCAUCCAUGAUGCAUUAUUCUCAAAUAAUUGAAAGGGACGAAACUACAAUAUCAGAUUCUAGAGUUAAUAUUAAUAAAGAAGCAGAAAUACUUGAAAUUAUACCAAAUCAAGGUAUUAUUUUCAGAGAAAUAAAUCACGAUUCUCGUCAAUAUAGUAAAUCCUCAAAUCCCAGUAAAUGUAUCAGUUCCGAUUCUGGUAGGUCGACUCUUCUAAAAUCAUCUAUUGACGAAAAUAUAAAAACCGGCCGAAUAUCUAAAACCAAGAUAAAAAGAAAAGUUGGAUCCAAAAAAAGAACUAAAUCACUUGUUAAGGAGGUGGAGAACGUUACUAAUGACACAAAUGACAUUGACGGGAUAGAUGAGAAAUACAUUGAAGUACAUUCUGAAACUGGAGCACACAAAUUGAAGUAUAUUGAACAAAAUCCAAGGUUUAAUCAACGUUGUGACAAUUUGAAGUAUUCAGAUCCCUUGGAUCAUACUAACGGUGCUUCCAUGGUAUAUGUGGAAAUACCUCCAGGGGAAAUUAAGAAGAAACAUACCAAUAAAAAAAAUAAUUUAUUUUAUUGUGUUAUCGAAGGUCGUGGUAGAGCUUUCGUUCAAGAUGAAGUAACUGGAAUUAAAAAGAAGAGCCGAUUUAUUAUACCCACAGGUUUAUGCUACUCCAUAAUAAACGAUAGUAGCAGUGAAAGUCUCCUAUUAGCCUGCGUGAAAAUGCCAGUUUCAUAGUUGUGUAUUCUAUCAUAUUCUAUCUUCAUUUAUGUUUUUGAAUAUCGUUAUCAUUAAAUUUCUAUUGUACCUCA